UUUGGGAUCAAGUGGAAAGACAGAAACAGUCUAGUCAGUCAUAUGAACAUUGGACUGGUUUAGUCACAGCAAUGAGAAACCUUAUUCUAACCUGGACAUUUCUCUUUAUCUUACAUCUGAGCAAAGAGGACAUUUCAGUGCAAAAGCUGAGCGUCCCAGAAAAGCAUUUUCUCAUCCUGAUGUGCACUGACGCUGCUUACGUCGACUGGAGCCAUGGGCUGGAAGGGGUCAUCGCCUCUAGGCAAGGAAAGCAGGUGUUUUACCUGGACCAAAGCAAACACCAGCUGCUUGCAGACGGCCAUCUCUUCAUUAAAGACCUGCAGGAAUCAGACGCAGGAGAAUAUUACUGCAACCAUCAGCUCGUGGCAGACAUCACUGUGCUCAAAGGCCAUAACUUUACAGUUCUUGAGGGCACAACUGUUUACCUGCCAUGUAAGACGUCCGAUAAAACGAAGCAGAGAUGGGCAUUCAAGCGCACCCCUCAGUCCAAAAAAGAGUUCAUCUCCACGCUUUAUAAAAACAGCACCGUAAAGAAGGAGAGAGAAGAUCCAGCGUUAAGAUUCACUCAUACUGUCAACCACCUGGUUAUCUCCGAUCUCCAGCUGCAGGACUCGGGCCUUUACCUGUGCAAUAACAGAGCGAUGGCUUUCCUUACGGUGACCACAGAAUCGUCAGACGAUGAAAACAGCAGUGCAGAAAUAAAUAAAUAUUGUAAGUUCUGUUCAGUUUUGCUGUUUGAUUUUGCAGAAAGUCUGUGAGCUCUUAUAAAUGGUCUGUAUUUCCGUAUGAAUUUAACCCACAUCAAAUUUGAUUUUUGAGAGUUGAACAGCUUUGCCCUACUGAAAGAACAAACCGACACCGGCUCACGUUAGUGAAUGUUCCUCGUGAUGCGGUCCAUAAAAACAUCAACCCUGAACACACAAAACACGUAAGAGCCAAGUCCCGACCAUUAUCCUAUAGAAAGCAGCUCAUGCGAGAAGCCCACCGUCGUAUGAUGGUACUGGAGCAGUGCUGUAAGGAGGCGUGGGCUUACUCACUAGAAAUGUUUGGUUGCCAUUACCACAGCCACAUCACCCUGGAUGAGAGACCUCCUGGGAAAGCCAGGUUGUCAGUGAGGCCGGCAGGGGGACGCUAUAUUGUCAAAAAAGCCCCGUCUUUCCCAUGGCAUUUUUUUAAAGAGUAGGGGUGUAACCCUGAUGUCCUUGCCAGAUUCCCUCCAAUGGCUGACAAGGAUCAGUCACGACCUCCAGAUGAUCCCCAUCAGCUGAAUUGGCUCUGUCUCUCUCUCAUCUCCAGCUGUAGCUGAUGUGUAGUGAGCGCAAUGGUGGGCGAGGACAGACCCCUCAUGCGAUUAUAAAGCGCUUUGGGUGCACAGCAAUACACAAAAAAGGCCUAUAGAAUCACCUCAUUCAUUCAUUCUUUCAUUGCUGCUGCACACGGGGAUCACACCAGAUACUGAGGGCAAAGGUUCACACACAGGAAUGAAAGAGUAAAAGUACACACUGUAAUUAGUUAGUUAAAUUGUUUUUUUUUUGUUUUGUUUUUUUUGUCUUGUUAUAGUUCUUUGACAAAGAUCUGAUCUCAAUGUAUGGCACUUUAAGUACAAGUUAUUUAGAAAUACAGAAAAACUUCAUAAUCUUCCGCUAUAUCACCGUACACUCUGUAAAACGCGACAGCGCGUGUUUCAGUGACGGUGGCCGUCCUGCUGGCUUUGUGCAUAACGGCGGUGGUUUGUGUCAGUCUUCUGUCCGUGACGAUCAGCUGGACGAACAGGAGGAGAAGGAGCAGAAACAUCAGGAACGAAACUGAGCCGACAGACAUUGCGUCAGAUCUACAGUUACAAAGGAUGUCAGAUGAAGGCCCACGGAUGGUGGACACUCCUGAGGAUGCAGGGGAAAUCCAGUACGCGUCUCUGGGUGUGCAGCGCUGGACGGACACAGACAGACAGCUGAGCAGCAGACAGCAUGUCAUUUACUCCACACUCGUCACUUCAUGAAAACAACAGUCAAUAUGAGUGACUUUCAACAAUAUGUAAAUAUAAACAGAAUGUACAACUCAAGUAGGAUCUUAGCUUUAUACGUCGUCCUACAAAAGCUAGUUUAUAUAUAAUCAAACGAAUGAAAAAGAAACCACAGAAUAAAGCAGGGUUCAUUUAACAUACACUACCAUUCAAAAUAGUAAAUAUUAAAACAGUACAUUUAUCAAAAGUGACAGCACUUAUGAUAAUAUUAUAUUUUUAUUUAAGUAAAUAAUUAAAUAAUUUUUAUUUAAAUUAUUUCUACAUACCAAAUAAUCCUGAUUCUUAAAAUAAAUUACAUUUUAAAAU